AAGGCGCUCAGCGCCUGCUCAGUGCUGGCCGCGGCGCGGGAGCUGGUGAGGGCUGCGGCUCAGCUAUGGCGUCGGCCGCACUGGGCAGCUCGUCGAGCUCGGCGUCCCCGGCCGUGGCCGAGCUCUGCCAGAACAACCCGGAGACCUUUCUGGAGGCCUCUAAGCUGCUGCUCACCUACGCCGACAACAUCCUGAGAAAUCCCAAUGAUGAAAAGUACAGAUCCAUCCGUAUUGGAAACACAGCUUUUUCCACCAGACUCUUGCCUGUCAGAGGAGCUGUUGAGUGUUUAUUUGAAAUGGGCUUUGAAGAGGGAGAAACGCAUCUUAUAUUUCCUAAAAAGGCUUCAGUGGAACAGCUGCAGAAAAUCCGUGACCUGAUUGCCGUAGAAAGAAGCAGCAGAUUGAGUGGUUCAAAUAAGAAGGUGGAAUUUUCUCAGCAACCUCCUGCGGUCAGGCUUCUCCCGGAGGAGCAGUCUGAAGACCCUCCAGGGCAGCCGCCAACCCUACCCUCUGCCCCGAUGGUUGUUGGUGAUUCAACCAUCUUAAAAGUUCUUCAGUCCAACAUUCAGCAUGUGCAGCUCUAUGAAAAUCCUGUCCUCCAGGAGAAGGCAUUGACUUAUAUCCCAGUCAGUGAGCUAAAAAGAAAAUCUCAAGAAAAGCUAUUCAGAGCUAGAAAGUUAGAUAAAGGUACUAACAUAAGCGAUGAGGACUUCCUUCUGCUGGAGCUCCUACACUGGUUUAAAGAGGAUUUUUUUCACUGGGUGAAUAACGUUGUGUGCAGCAAAUGUGGUGGAGAGACUAGAUCUAGAGAUGAGGCAUUGCUGCCAAAUGAUGAUGAGAUCAAGUGGGGUGCAAAGAACGUGGAGGAUCAUUACUGCGAUGCCUGCCAGCUGAGCAACCGUUUCCCAAGAUAUAACAACCCUGAGAAACUUUUGGAAACAAGAUGUGGCCGCUGUGGCGAGUGGGCCAAUUGCUUCACACUGUGCUGCCGUGCAUUAGGGUUUGAAGCUCGCUAUGUGUGGGACUACACAGACCAUGUUUGGACAGAAGUCUAUUCUCCGUCUCAGCAGCGGUGGCUGCACUGUGAUGCAUGUGAGGACGUCUGUGACAAACCUCUCCUUUAUGAAAUAGGAUGGGGCAAGAAGCUUUCCUAUAUCAUAGCAUUUUCUAAAGAUGAGGUAGUAGAUGUCACUUGGCGAUACUCGUGUAAGCAUGACGAGGUGAUAUCCAGGAGGACCAAGGUUAAAGAAGAGUUACUUCGAGAAACUAUUAAUAGGCUUAAUAAGCAGAGGCAGCUAUCAUUGUCAGAGAACAGAAGGAAAGAGCUUCUCCAGAGGAUAAUUGUGGAGCUCGUUGAAUUUAUAUCUCCCAAAACCCCCCGACCGGGAGAACUUGGUGGAAGAGUGUCUGGGUCACUGGCGUGGAGAGUGGCCCGAGGUGAGACGGGUCUAGAGAGAAAGGAAACUCUGUUCAUUCCUUCUGAAAAUGAGAAGAUUUCUAAGCAGUUUCACCUCCGUUAUGAUAUUGUGAAGGACCGUUACAUACGAGUCUCAGACAACAGUGCAAUCAUUUCUGGAUGGGAGAAUGGUGUGUGGAAAAUGGAAUCCAUAUUCAGAAAAGUUGAGACAGACUGGAACAUGGUGUAUUUGGCCCGAAAAGAAGGAUCAUCUUUCGCUUAUAUUUCCUGGAAGUUUGAGUGUGGGUCGGCUGGCCUAAAAAUAGAUAACGUUUCCGUCAGAACAAGUAGCCAAAGCUUUGAGACUGGAUCAGUGAGGUGGAGACUGCGUUGUGAUACAGCCCAAGUCAGCCUGCUGGGAGAUAAAAAUCUUCGUUCCUAUAAUGAUUUUUCUGGUGCCACAGAAGUUACAUUGGAAGCAGAGUUAAGCAGAGGAGAUGGAGGCGUUGCUUGGCAACAUACCCAGCUGUUUAGACAAAGCUUAGAUGACCAUGGAGAAAAUGGCUUGGAGAUAAUUAUAAAUUUCAGUGACCUCUGAAAGCCUGAACUUCAGGGAAAAGCUGGCCCUAAUCAAGGACCUGCCAUGGCCUCCAAAAGUGUAUUAACUCAGUGUGUGUCUGGUUGGCAGUUCACCCUGUCCAACAGGUUUCUUUUACUGGAUAUACAUCAUGUAAUCUUCAUUAAAGUAUAUCUUCACAGUGUAGACCAUAAGAGAUUUUCAAUUAAAUACUCACUUCUUCCUGUGACUAGAAUUUGGCACAAGAUAUUUGUAAAAGAAAAUGAUGGUGUUCAUGAUUAAAUGCUGUUCAUGACUG